AUGACAUUACAGGCAAUCAGAUAUGAAAGCGGUGAUCUAUCUAUAAUCGAUCAGCUGCAGCUCCCACACGUGGAAAAAUAUGUCAAAGUACGAACUGCUGAAGAGGGAUGGCAUGCAAUCAAGGAUAUGCGAGUUCGUGGAGCACCUGCUAUCGCGAUUGUGGCUGCACUUUCUCUUGCAAGUGAACUUCAUGAGCUUGUGUCUACCAAUAAAUUAUCUACCAAUGUGGAAGAUGUUCAGGUGUUCAUCAGUGAGAAAUUACAAUAUCUUGUGAGCAGCAGGCCCACUGCUGUCAACCUCAGUGAUGCUGCUCGCAAGCUUGAAAAUCAAGUGAAACUAUGCGCCGAAACCGCUGGGUCAACAGGUCAUAGGGUCGCUACUGCGUUUAUCCACGCUGCGGAAUCAAUGUUGGCCAAAGAUUUGGAAGACAAUAGAAGGAUCGGAGAAAACGGCGCAAGAUGGAUAUUGGAAAAUUCCGUUCUUCGAGAUUCAAUGGCCACGGUGCUUACACACUGCAAUACAGGUUCUCUUGCUACAUCAGGCUACGGCACUGCACUGGGCGUAAUUCGGUCCUUGGCCUCCGCAGGAGCUUUGGAACACGCCUAUUGCACAGAAACAAGACCCUACAACCAAGGUUCCCGCCUUACUGCAUUCGAAUUGGUCCAUGAUCGUCUUCCGGCGACAUUGAUAACAGACUCAAUGGCGGCUGCCCUUCUUGGUAAAGAUGACUCCAACGUCAGUGCUAUUGUGGUUGGGGCGGACCGAGUGGCCGCCAACGGCGAUACCGCAAAUAAAAUAGGAACAUACGGACUCGCGGUCAUUGCAAAGCACCAUAAUGUAAAGUUUCUUGUGGCUGCUCCACUAACAACACUAGAUAUGGCUACGCAAUCCGGUGGCAAGAUUAUGAUUGAAGAGCGUCCCGCCUCUGAGAUUACCAGUGUGAGAGGGCCACGUGAAGGAGCUUCCCAGGUUGAUGAACUGCAGGUGGACACCAUAUGCAUAGCUGCCAAAGGUAUCAAUGUUUGGAACCCAGCAUUUGACAUCACCCCCGCUGCUUUGAUUGAUGGAAUCAUAACAGAAAAAGGUGUGAUUGAGAAGGACGCAAGUGGGGAGUUUCAUCUGGAACGCUUGUUCGAAGACUCUUCUGUACCAUGUGCACCCAUGGUGUGA